CUGCAGGACGUGGUUCAUCCAGCUCAGGUCAGAAUGAAGAGUCUGGUGGAGUGUUGUGCGCUCAUCUCCAUGUUUCUGUUGAGCUGCAGUGGACAAGCUGAGGAACACCCUUUGAUUUCUCCAGCAGGCCCCGACUGCACACAGAUCCAGGCUCUCUCCCCACAAUCCCCCAGUGGGGUUUACUGGAUCAAGCCUUCUCCAGUCAAGCCCCCGUUCCAGGUGUUCUGUGAGAUGCGGCCUGACGGCGGCUGGACGGUGCUCCAGAGGCGCAGCGGCGCCGCGGUGUCCUUCGACAGGACGUGGGCCGCGUACCGACUCGGCUUUGGAAACUACUCCGAGGACCACUGGCUGGGCCUGAUGAUGGUUUCCUUACUGACCGAGAACAAGACCUGGGCGCUGAGGGUGGACCUGUGGGACCACGGCAACGCCACGGCGUUCGCCCACUACCAAGACUUCCGGUUGGACGGGGAAGGAGCAGCGUUCAGACUGCAUGUCGGGGAAUACAGAGGAGACGCAGGCGACGCCGUCCGCGGCGCAUUCCCGGGCAUCGACCAGGACGGCUUCGGCUUCAGCACCGCCGACCGCGACAACGACGGCUGCCGCCCGUGCAUCUUCGGCGACGUCGUUCAGGAGGCGUGCGCCUCCUCUGACGCCGGCGGCUGGUGGUUCAGCCGCUGCGGCUCCGCCGCUCUGAACGGAGAAUGGCGUCCGGACGGCGAGCACCUGGGCUGGGAGGCGGGGCUCCACUGGGACACCUGGAAGGGCCAGGAGGCGUACUCCAUGAGGGCCUCCAGGAUGAUGGUCCGGUCCAUGUGAGAGGAGGGGGGGGGGGGGGGGGAGCUGCUUCCUUCCUCCUCCUCCUUCCCUCCUCCUCUUUCAUCCUCGUCCUCCUCCUCCCACCCUCCUCCCCUUCUCCUCCUCCCACCAUCCUCCUUCCUUCUUCCUCCGUCCAACCUCGUCUUCCCCUUCUCCUCCUCCCAUCCUCCUCCUCCCACCCUCCUCCUCCUCUUCUCCUCCUCCCACCCUCCUCCUCCCCUUCUCCUCCCACCAUCCUCCUUCCUCCGUCCAACCUCGUCUUCCCCUUCUCCUCCUUCCAUCCUCUUCCUCCCAUCCUUUUGAGGUCAAGUAGAGACCCCGCCCCCCCCCCCACCUCCUCAGCACCCACACCCACAUCCAGAGCAGUUUAUAAGUUUAUUGUGUUAUAAAACGCCUGCGUGUGAAGAUAUACUCAAAUAAACAUCUGUUCUCAGAA